AUGGAUCCCAUGUUGCGUUCAACGCCACCAACAAACGACAGUUGGUCGUCUUCAAACUACUUCCAGAACACGACCACUCCAAGUCUCCCCGUCAACGAGAGACCGCAGUCCAGCCUGAGCCAUUCCACACAGCACUCGGCAGCGGGAACCACUCCAGGACCUGGUACUGCUCAGGAGAGAAAGCCACGAAAUGCAACCGUAUCCUCGAUACUCGGCCUCAGCGAAGCUCAAAGCAUUAUCUGCGCCAUCAGUGAGGCUCGCACCGUCUCCCCUUCGGUGGGCAUCGCCUUUGUCAAUGUCUCCCUUGGCGAAGUUGUCAUCAGCCAGAUCUGCGAUAAUCAAUCCUACAUCAAGACAAUCCAUACCCUUCAAAUGUCUGCUCCAGCGCGAAUUCUCUUCAUGUCCACUGCUUGCCCCCCAAACAAGCCCAGCAGCCUCUAUUCCCUUGUGACCGAUCUCGUGCAGGAGUCUCAAGUUGGUGCACAAGAUCGUUCUGCCUGGUCCGAGUCGGAUGGCCUGGAGUACAUCAACAGCCUGGCAUUCAAGGAUGAUAUUGAACCUCUGAAGGUGGCUACCCAGGGGAAAUUUUACGCUCUGAGUUCCUUUGCAGCAGCCAUGAAGUACAUCCAGCAGCACUUCUCUAUUAACUUUGUGCCGCAUUCUCUCCGUAUUCAGUACCGCCCCUCCGAAGACACCAUGAUGAUUGACAUUUCUGCCAUUCAGUCUCUCGAGAUUAUGCAGAACCUGCGGAACCCCAAGUCGAAAGACUCCCUCUUUGGGUUGAUGAACCACACAACAACUCCAAUGGGAGCUCGGAUGCUUCGAAGCAGCAUCCUUCAGCCGCCAACCCGCGCUGACCUGUACAUCACUCCGCGCUACGAAGCCCUCGAUGAGCUGACAACCAACGAGGAGAUGUUUCGUGAAAUCCGGAAAGCUCUCAAACUCUUUCGUGAUACCGAGAAGAUAUUGACAAAGCUAAUUGUCGUCCCAAAGAACAUGCCCAUUCAAAAAGUGGAGGAACAGAUCAACCAUGUCUUGAUGGUGAAAAGUUUCCUCGAGGCGGUCUCUGAGCUCUACCUAGCUUUGGAACCCGCAACAUGCGACUUGCUUGUCAGAGUUCGAGAUCUUUGUCACCCCGAACUCACAAACCGUGGUCUCGACAAGAUUCGACACACAAUCGAAGCGGACGUUACUUACAUGAACUCGGCCCUGGACCUUUGGAACCAACGGACCUUUGCAGUCAAAGGAGGCAUCAACGGCAUGCUGGAUGUCGCACGGCAGACCUAUAAGGAGCAGACUGAGGAGGUUCAUAAGUACCUCGAUCGUUUACUAAUAAUCCUAGAAACCCAUGGAUUCGGCGCUGGUCUCAAGUAUGACAAUGGUCGUAAAUAUUGGUUUCGUCUACGAGCAGCCGAUUUCGAGGGUCGCCCCCUUCCCGACGAAUUCAUCAAUAUCGUGCGAAAGAAGGACAAGAUUGAAUGCCAAACCUUGGCGUUGAUCAAGCUCAACGUGAGACUUGCAGAUGCUGCACACGAAGUUGUUCUACGGAGCGACAGCAUUGUACAGGCCCUGAUAACCGAUCUUCGUCAAGAAGUGCCACAUCUUUUCCGACUCUGCGAAUCAAUUGCUCUUGUCGACAUGGUUACGAGCUUUGCACAACUCGCCACGACGAGAGACUACGUAAGGCCCGACCUUGAUACGGCGAUGGCAUUGAAGGGUGCUCGGCACCCUGUUCUUGACAAGACCAUGGACGACAGCUUCGUGCCCAACGACUACUUUGCGUCAGAAUCAUUUGCCUUCCAUGUCGUCACCGGAUGCAACAUGAGUGGGAAGAGCACCUAUAUCCGAGCGGUCGCGCUGCUCCAGAUCAUGGCACAGAUUGGGUCAUUUGUCCCUGCCAAGUAUGCCGCGUUUUCUAUUGUCCACAGCAUCUUUGCCAGAGUCUCACUCGACGAUAACAUUGAAAGCAAUCUUUCAACCUUUUCAGUCGAGAUGCGAGAAAUGGCCUUCAUUCUGAGAAAUAUCGACGACAAGAGUCUUGCUGUGAUUGAUGAGCUGGGUCGUGCAACGAGCAACAGGGAUGGCUUGGCUAUUGCCAUUGCCAUGUCAGAAGCCUUGAUCCAGAGCAAGGCUUCAGUCUGGUUUGCGACCCAUUUUAGCGAUCUCACCCGCGCGUUUGCCCAGCGUCCUGGUGUGUUAAAUCUUCACCUCGCAGCCAUAACCUCAACGACUGCAGACGGAUUGCCUCACAUAAAGAUGCUGUACAAAGCAACGACGGGUGCUGUUGGAGAUGAGCACUAUGGAAUCAAUCUGGCUCGUGCGAUUGGGCUGCCUCAGGGUUUCAUUGACAAGGCGGAGGAGGUGGCCAAGGAUAUCCGACGCAAGAGAGAAGCGAGCAAACGCAGCUCGGAGUCAUCACGACUUGUGGCUCGCCGUAAUACGAUUCUCAAUCUUUGGGCUGCUUUGAAGCAAGCGCGUGACUCGGGCACCGAAGAAGGACUCGCAAGGUACCUGAAACAACUUCAGGCGGAAUUCAUCAUUCGCAUGGAGAAACUAGACAGUCAGUAG